AUGAGAUUCACAAGAAGUCAAACUCGUUGUCUUGCCCGCCAACAAAAAAGAGAAUUGACUGCCAAUCCAAUCGGAAUCGAUGUAGAGGAUCGAAACAAUGUAGGAGAGAGCGCUCUUAUGCGCUCUUGUAUGAAAAAUAAUAAUUUGGAGGAGUUCAAUGAACUUAUCAAAAAAGGGGCUGACCUCAACUCCUCGGAUCUGACGGGGAACACUAUAUUGAGUGUUGCCGUGCUGAAUAGGCAAUAUGAUAAAUUAGAGGCUCUUCUCGAAAAAGGAGCCAACCCAGAAUUGGAGUCGGGGCGGGAAAAAAAUAGAAUGAUCCACGAUAUUCUUCACAUGGCAUUUGAAAGUCCCCGCCUCGCCUCCGUUGUCCAUCAACGGUUCCGAGAAGGGACACUUGCCAUGUUCAAAAUGGCACUGGAUUGGGGAGUCGAUAUGAGGGCCAGGAAUAAGAAAGGAGAAAGCGGAAUCAGUUUGUUAAAUAAAUUAGAUAAAUUGAAAGACGAAAAUAGAGAUAUGGUGGAUGAAAUGAAAAAAUGUUAUGAAGAGAAGAUGAAGGAAGCAAAUAAAAGGAAAAGAGAAGAGUUGAAUGAUGACAAGGACGAGGGGCCUUCUCCGAAAGUUGCCAAGCAGAGUGAGGUGGAAGUAGAAGAAGAUGGAAUAGAUGUUAGGGGAGGAGUAAUGGAUGAAUUAUUUGUAACGUUCGAAGUAGAAGUAGAGAAUCGAAUAGCGAAUGGAGAAAACGAAGAAGAAGAAGACGAAAUUUCCGACGAGGAGAAAAAAAGACUGGAAGAAGAAGGAAUGAAUAAAAUGGUUGAAGAAGCUCUAGCAGAAAUGAAAGAUAAGAAAGAAAUGGAAGAACACGAGGAAAAAGAUUAUGAAAAAGAAGAAAACUUCGGAGAUAGAAUUGAAGGGAAGCAAGAAGAAGUGAAGAAAUUAGAACAAGGGAUCGAGGAGGUGGAAGAAGAGAACGAAGAAAUUGAUGAAGAUGAACAAGAGCAAGAAGAAAAACAAAAUAACAAAAACGAAGAAGAACAAGAAAGCAUAUUCGAAGAAAAUCAAGAAGAGCACCUCGAGGAAGGCCCAAUAGAAAUGGAACAAAGAGGAGAAGAAUUCGAACAAGAACAAGGAGACGGUCCAGAGGGCAGAGUAGUGCAAACCAAUCCGACAAAUUUGAAAGAAGUUAUGACCGAAAAACCAAAACUUCAUAUCCUAUUGAGCGGUACUGUAGAUCAAAUGGAAUAUCGCAACUUUCCGAUUGGAAUACCCUUGGAAAUUCCUCAGGCAGUACCUCAUGCCGACUACUCUGGAGGUGUUCAACAUCUUCUUCAUCAUCCUAACCUUCCCAUUGGUGCGGCCGGAGUGGAACAGACUGUUCCUGAACAGAACUUGUGUGGGUUGAAUAUCCAGGCCCUUCAUGCUCUAUUAUCGAACUAUUAUAAUCAAUUUCUACUUCAACCCAUUGCACUUCCACCAGUUCCCGUGGCGCCUCCAUCUGUACAAUACAUUUUCCCACCGAUGGACAUGAAUCUUUUCAACCUUCCUGUUGCACCGCUCAUUCCACCCACACCGCAACCACUCAAUCCCCUACAUAAUUUUAUUCCGACAAUGACAUUCGCAAAUAAUGGCCCGAUGGUCAACUUGCAACGAGAGCCAAUAGUUGAAGUCCCACCUGACUAUUCAAAUCUAUUCAAUAUGGAUGAAUUUAACCGUAUUUAUUACAAUUAUAGGAACUAG